CCGCCUGUCCCGCUUGCCCUCACCGCCGAGGGCUGGCCAGGCCAGCCGGGCCCGGGACAGGCGGCCGCCACCUCGUCACCACCACCGCCGCCACCAUCAUCGCCAUGCUGGCCGCUCGCCCACCGCACUGGGGGCCCCACCGCACUGCUCCAGCCCCCCGUGGGCCCAGCGCCAGCCCUGACCCGGGUCUCAGCGGCGGUGGCAGCCGAGGUGCAGGAUGCGAGAAGGCGCCCCCAGGCCGGGCUCCCGCUCCAGGCCUCACACCCCUGCGGCCCUCUGAGCCCACCAUGGCCAUCCCACCAGGCCAUGGUCCCUUCUCUGGCUUUCCAGGGCCCCAGGAACACACACAGGUACUGCCUGAUGUGCGGCUACUGCCUCGGAGACUGCCCCUGGCCUUCCGGGACGCGACCUCAGCCCCACUGCGCAAGCUCUCGGUGGACCUCAUCAAGACCUACAAGCACAUCAAUGAGGUAUACUAUGCGAAGAAGAAGCGGCGGGCCCAACAGGCGCCACCCCAGGACCCGAGCACCAAAAAGGAGAAGAAGGUCCUGAACCACGGUUAUGACGACGACAACCACGACUACAUUGUGCGCAGUGGCGAGCGCUGGCUGGAGCGCUACGAGAUCGACUCUCUCAUUGGCAAAGGCUCCUUUGGCCAGGUGGUAAAAGCAUAUGAUCACCAGACCCAGGAGCUGGUGGCCAUCAAAAUCAUUAAGAACAAGAAGGCCUUCCUGAACCAGGCGCAGAUCGAGCUGCGGCUGCUGGAGCUCAUGAACCAGCACGAUACGGAAAUGAAGUACUACAUAGUGCACCUGAAGCGACACUUCAUGUUCCGGAAUCACCUGUGCCUGGUGUUUGAGCUGCUGUCCUACAACCUGUAUGACCUCCUGCGCAACACACACUUCCGAGGGGUCUCGCUGAACUUGACGAGGAAGCUGGCGCAGCAGCUCUGCACAGCGUUGCUCUUUCUGGCCACACCUGAGCUCAGCAUCAUCCACUGUGACCUCAAGCCUGAGAACAUCCUGCUCUGCAAUCCUAAGCGCAGCGCCAUCAAGAUUGUGGACUUUGGCAGCUCCUGCCAGCUUGGCCAGCGGAUCUACCAGUACAUCCAGAGCCGCUUCUACCGCUCCCCCGAGGUGCUCCUGGGCACCCCCUACGACCUGGCCAUCGACAUGUGGUCCUUGGGCUGCAUCCUUGUGGAGAUGCACACGGGAGAGCCCCUCUUCAGCGGCUCCAAUGAGGUGGACCAGAUGAGCCGCAUUGUGGAGGUGUUGGGCAUCCCGCCCGCGCCCAUGCUGGAGCAAGCACCCAAGGCCCGAAAGUACUUUGAGCGGCUGCCUGGGGGUGGCUGGACCCUACGAAGGACAAAGGAACUCAGGAAGGAUUACCAGGGCCCCGGGACACGGCGGCUGCAGGAGGUGCUGGGCGUGCAGACGGGCGGGCCCGGGGGCCGGCGGGCGGGGGAGCCGGGCCACAGCCCCGCCGACUACCUCCGCUUCCAGGACCUGGUGCUGCGCAUGCUGGAGUAUGAGCCCGCCGCCCGCAUCAGCCCGCUGGGCGCUCUGCAGCAUGGCUUCUUCCGCCGCACGGCCGACGAGGCCACCAACACAGGCCCGGCAGGGAGCAGUGCCUCCACCUCGCCGGCGCCCCUCGACACCUGCCCCUCCUCUAGCACCGCCAGCUCCAUCUCCAGUUCUGGAGGCUCCAGUGGCUCCUCCAGUGACAACAGGGCCUACCGCUACAGCAACCGAUAUUGUGGGGGCCCCGGGCCCCCUAUCACCGACUGUGAGAUGAACAGCCCCCAGGUCCUACCCUCCCAGCCACUGCGCCCCUGGGCAGGGGGUGAUGUGCCCCACAAGACACAUCAAGCCCCUACCUCUGCCUCGACAUUGCCGGGGACUGGGUCCCAACUACCCCCCCAACCCCGAUGCCUUGGACGACCCCCAUCACCAACAUCACCACCACCCCCAGAGCUGAUGGAUGUGAGCCUGGUGGGCAGCCCUCCAGACUGCUCUCCACCUCAUCCAGCACCUGCCCCCCAGCACCCAGCUGCCUCAGCCCUCCGGACUCGGAUGACGGGAGGCCGACCACCUCUCCCACCCCCUGACGACCCUGCUACUUUGGGGCCUCGCCUGGGCCUCCAUGGUGUACCCCAGAGCACAGCAGCUAGCUCAUGACCCUGCCCCCUCCCUGGGGCCCCUCCUGAAGCCAUACCCCACCCCCAUCCGGGGGCCCUGGGCUCCCAUCCUCAUCUCUCCCCUUGACUGGACUUGCUGCUACCCAGCUGGGGUGGGUGAGGCCUGCACUGACUGGGGCCCAGGGCAGGGGGUCAAGGGAGAGGGGUUUGGCCGCACCCUUCCCACUAAGCCUGGACCCUUGGCUCCCCCACCCCCUUGUUUUCUAUUUAUUGUACCAAAGACAGUGGUGGUCCGCUAGAGGGGAGACGCCCCUACCCAGGGCCCUCGGAGGGGGGGGGGCAGGUAGGGGGAGAUGGCCUUGCUCCUCCUCGCUGUACCCCCAGUAAAAAGCUUUCUCACAUGCCUGCCUGAGCGUUUGCAGGGCCUUGGCCCCCUCCCCUGACCUCAGAGGCAUGGUGGAGAAGGUGGUGUGGGGCGGUGCUUCGUGGUGUGGGUAUAUCCUUCCUGGGGACAUCACAGUGCUUGGUGCAGGCGAGGGGCAGCCCGAGGCUAGUGGGCUGGAGCACCUAGACGCAUCCUGGGAACAACAGUCCCGGCCCACACCUGCCUUUUCCAGAGUAAAGGCCCCCUCCUGGCCUAUUGCUAGGAACUGGCAUGUUCUGCCCUUAUCCGUCAGGGCUUCCGUAGAGUCCACCCAGAAUUGGCUUCUUGUGUCAGGCAACCAUCCGGUAGGCUCUGGGUGUGUUCGGCAGGCCUGUCUUUAUACCAUCCGGGGAGCAGACAGGCAGUGGGCAAAUUUUACCCCACCUGUGUCCAACCCGCUCUGGAGUCAUUGCAGAGUAGGAGAUUCCCGGGCAAAAAGACGCUCCCUGCCUUCCAGGUAAGUGAUUUUUUUGUUUCCAUGGCAAUUUGGAACCAACUGUCUCCCAACCAGCCUUGUAAAAACCACCUGGUUUUAACUGUUAGGAUCGCACAACGGGCGGGCGCAGUGAUUCCUGGGAAAUGGAGCUCUACAAGGCCAGCUCUUUGCUCACUUUUCUUGGGAAACGACAAAGCCCAGAAGUCUUUGCGCACGUGGCUGGGGACAGGCGUUGCAUGAGGAGUCUGAUAGUAAGGCCCGGAUGUUGGAGGGUCCGUAGAGCAGCUACGGUGAUUGGAUGAUGCGCAGGAGCGGGUUGGGUAGAGAGCGGUAGGCAGCCGGCCUUGCGGGGGUGGGGGUGGGGUCUUUGGGCCAGGCAGUGGAGGGCACGUGCAGAGGCCGAGGCGAGCAAGUCAUGGAAUGCUGAUGGCAGUGAUCAUUUUGAGAAUAUCGUUGAAGAUCUGUCGGGGAACUUUACCUAGAGAGCUGGACUUUUUCGAAGGGCCCGAAGCACCAUGAGAAGGUGCAGAGCCCCGUUUUGCGGCAAUAGGAAAGUACGUUGCCGGAAAAAGACAGGUCUGGCCGCUCGCAGCAGGCGCUUAGGCAAGCAUCGCCUAGGAUGUGACAGGACAGGGGUGGUGCCGAGAAGGCCAGGAAAGGACAGGUGAGCUUUCCAGACGAUUGAGUGGAAGGAUGCCAUGGAGAGGGCCAGGGAAGGGCGGUCUCCGGCACGUAGAGUGCCCCCAUUGAUAGUGUUUGGGUUUGGUUUUGUUUUUAAUUGUGUUUUUGUGGUGCUGGGGGUGGAACCCAAGAAAUCUACACAAAUUCUACACACCCAGCCUCCCAGUAAAAAGAUUCUGAAUGAAUAGUUCUUGAGGACAGGAACUGCAGUGACCUCUCCGAGUUUGGGGAUACUGAGGGCAAAUGGAAGUUGUUACUUGCCUAACGUCACACAUCUAGGAAGUAGGCUCAGGUUGGUGUGUGUGUGUGUGUGUGUGUGUGUGUGUGUGUGUGUGUGUGUGCACGUGCGCGCCAGUCAUUGAUUUCACAAGGCUUUUUUGAGCCUGGAAGCAUCUGCAGGGCAAGCUGGAAGGCCCUGUGAGGACUGUGGAGUGGGCGUGGGUAUCAUUUGUAUUUGUGGUUGAGCUCCAGGCUGACCUCAUACCUCCUUGGUUAUUAUCUCCGGGUACUCUCGUAAGUUCAGGCAGGUGGAAGUCUGUGACGUCCUCCUCAUUGGUCUUCCUGCCCUUGCCAUUCUCCCAUGUAACCAAAGAGUCUCCAGCACCUAUAUUUUUCCUCCCUGCUGAGAAUCCCUCUGGACUCCAUCUCCUCAGGGUAGAAGCCCACACCCUUUCCGUGGCCUGCAGGGUUCACCAUCUGCCCUUCUCACCUGUCUGAACUGGCUGGAUCUCUCUCCCUCUGCUCCAGCCACACUGGCCCCAGGCCCUUUGUACUUAGUAUUUUCUUCUCCUGGUCAUUUGUCUAGACAGCCCAGACUCCCUGCCUGACCACUCUUUGGAAUUAUACUGCUAUCAUCCCUGUCCAUUCCUCCUUUAACCCUUUCCUUGUGUCAGUCACAUCGCUGCUGGCACAGGCUGAAAUUUGUCUCUCAAUCCCCGCUCCCUUCUGGGAACCUUGAACUUCUUAGAAACAAGUCUUUGUUUCCCACCUGGAAGAAUGUGUGGCAGCCGUCAGGCUCACUGCGAAAUGAGCACAGCCGAUCGCAGCCUCCUGGACAUUCCGCUCAUCCCGUCUGUACAGCUGAACACCUCUGAGAGCACAGGACAGGCAACAGGAGGUGUUUUGCUUCCGUGGUGUAGGAUGCAGGAACACAGCAGAGAAGCUAGGCUAGCUUCUCGGUCUUGAAAGAACUCGCUGUCAAGGUAGGAUUAGUCAGGGAGCACAGCAGAGCUCCCUGGGAAGUGGCCAGGAGCAAGAGCAUUGAAGGAACAUCUGAGAGCAGUGUUUAAUGUGGCUCCUAGGGUGAGGUUCCAGACCAUGGGGUUGGCAUUGGCUCUGGGCAGAGAGAACUGUGAUGACCGGCACCCAUAGGCUGAAGUGGAGUAAGGGGCCACACUUUGCCCAUCCUGAGAGGACUGUGAGCCAUUGUCCAUGCUUCCACACUCCCACCCACACCCCGGCCUAUGUACGGAGAUUUGCGGAAGAAGUUUACUCAGUGGGGCAGGGUGUAAGGUUCGCUGUGUUGGUGCUUGUUUUGGUGUAUGAGGAUUUUGCCUGCGAGUGUGUCUGCAGGUUCGUGCCUGGAUACCCUUAGAAGUCAAAAGAGAACAUUGGAUCCCCUGGAAUUGGGGUUGUGGCUAGUUGUGAACCAUUGUGUGGGUGCUGGGAACUGAACCUAGGUCCUAUGGAAGAGCAGCAAGUGCUCUUAACUGCUGAGCCAUCUCUCCAGCCCCAGUUGUAUAUUUUAAAGUUUCCACUGAUGUGUUUUUACAAUGGUUGCACUUAAAGGUAGUCCCCAUUCUCUCUUGUUUCUACUCAAGAAAGGGAAGCUCCUGACCUUGAGUAAUGGCUGGGCCAGUAAUUUGAGCCAAAUGGCCUUAACAUGCCUGAUAGCCUCUUUGAUCACCCCUGGUGCCCUGAUUUUUUGUUUGUUUGUUUGUUUUGUUUUGUUUUUUGUUUAUCGAGACAGGGUCUCUCUGCACAGCUCUGGCUGUCCUGGAACUCACUCUGUAGACCAGGCUGGCCUCCAAUUCACAGAGAUCUGCCUGCUUCUGCCUUCCAGAGUGCUGGGAUUAAAGGUAUGCACUGCCACACCCAGCUUCUUUAUUUUGGGGGGUGUUGGGGUAGUUUUUUUUGGUUUUAUUAAGUUUGGUUUGGUUUAGUUUUAGUAUUUCAAGACAGGGAUUCUCUGUGUAGCCCUAGCUGUCCUUGAACUCAAUCAGUAGACCAGGCAGGCCUCGAACUGAGAGAACUUGGGAGGCCUGCCUCUGUCUCACAAGUGCUAGAAUUAAAGGCGCGCACCACCACAACCACAACCAGCUCCCUGAUUUCUUCAUAGAGGUCCAGCAUCUGUCCCUCAGCUGUGCCAAAUAGCUGCCUAGCAUGGUGGAUCUUCUAUCCCAGCUGACACUGCCCUGGAACAGCACCCUCCUCAGGCCACUCCCCCUGUCUACAUUCCAGAAUUAGGAAAUAAACAAUUGUGAUUUUAUGACGCUGUUUUAGGAUGCCAUGCUACUCAACAAUAGCUAAUUGAAGUAAGGAGGUAUUUUUAAAAUCAUACACAGUAAGAUUGUGUAAUUAUGUUAUAGCUAAUUGAAUCCUCGGAGCUAAAUAGUCCUGUUGUUAUACCCAUCCUACAGAUGAAGAACUGAGGCACAGAGAUGUCUCUAAAACUUUGCGAAGUAUCUUACCUUUAGUAAGUCCUGAAUACUCAGUUAUCACUAUCAACAUUGUGUUUGGCAGCAUUAAGGUAGAUGUUGAGGGGGUCGUGGACAGGUGAGCGGAAGCAUUACCAACCCACUUCUAGGAGUGUAGUUGUAGGCUGCUUCCUUGGCAAUAUGGGGAGAGCAGCCAGGCCUUGGUAUUGUUGGAGUGCAUGGAGUCAGCUUGCUUCUGACUUGCUCAGAGGGAAUCCAGCAAGUUGUUUUAGAGCCAAGUCAAAUUGAGCCUCUUAUUACUGGGAAGCCAUGAUGUCCUAGUGAGCCCUGAGUCCUGUCAUUGCUUGUUGGUUUGCCCGAUCGCAGGCAUUUGCCACUUUGUGAGCCCUGUUGGGAGUGCCAGGGCUACAGCAGCAAAACAAGUGCCCCGUCAUUCCAAAGCCUCCUUCCAGGUCAGGGUGCAUGGUGGUAAAAUGCUGGAGAUGAGAGCCGUGCACACUGAGAGCUGGAAGGACAGGAGACGGAGACAGGAGAGCUCUUGAAGGACAUCCCUGCCAGGAAAGUAAAGCCAGUUCAGAGGCCCCACUGUAUGCUGGAGAGGAUGGAAACUGGACAGGCGUGUAGGGGAAAGGUCAGGGUACACGGGCAGCUGUGGCGGGGACUUGACUUUGAUGCCAAGUGCCAUGGAAAGCAUCAGCCCCUUGGAGCUCUGAGGGUGUUCAAGGCCGCCUGACAGCCUGUGGGAAGAGGUGUGGAAACAUUCCAGUGGUUCAGUCCAGCUGGCGUUGAUGCAUGUGGCUUGGCCGUAGUGGUAGCAGGUGAGCUGGUCAGUCCGGUGGGGGGCAAGAUUUGCCGCAGGGUGAGAGGGGCCUAGAGCAGCCUGAGUGUAGGAAGGAGGAGGGCGCUGUCUAUGUGGAGGAGCACAUUUGAGAAUGGUCACCAUAUUGCUAGUGUGAAAGCCCUGUGAGGUCACAGGGGGAACACGGAAGUGGGUAUAGGAAUAAGAGCACAGAGCCCGAGAAGGGAUGGCCACAGUCAUCUCUGUGUGAGGUGACAGACAUGGACCAGGGCACAGUGUGCUGAGCGGUUACUGGGUCUGAGGAGUGUUGAGUUCAAGUCCCCCUGCCUCAUGGGUUGGUCAUGAAAAGGGAAGGCCCUUCCGGGAGUAGGGCUGAGUCUGGAGCUGGGACAGCCCCUAGGCUCUCCUGCUGCCAGGCUGAGGCAGGCUUCUGCCUCUGAGCUGCUGCUGCUUCCUCUUUCUCUGAGGGUGGCUGACUACUUUUGAGGAAACCCUUGCCCCAACUCUGUAUGCCCUUCCGGCCUAGUUCCCCACAGCUCCUCCGUUCUUGGUCCCGAUUUGACCAGCAGGAGUUGAAUUCCAAGGACCAGGAGGGCCGUGCUAGACCUGCUGUGUGGCUGAAGGGCUCCUGGGGUGAUGUGUGUCUCCUGCAAAAGGCUCUCUGCUAGGCAGGCACACCAAGUCUCACAGAGUGUGCGGACAGCUGGUGUGAUGGCUGGAGGAUCUAAACUCUGUUUGGUCAGGGGCCGAACCGUUUAUGGACGUGGAUCUGAGAAGUGGGCAGGAAACAGUAGCCUGGCGGGUGUCCCUGUGGAAACUAGAGUCCAGGGGUCUCUGAGCUGAGAAGGGCUCAAGGUUAGGUCAGGCACAGUCCAGUCCCAGUUUCUCUCCAUGUGUUCCUACGAGCCAGACAGUGACAGCAGAGCCAGCCUCUGCCUUCACAGAGCACACGAGCCGGUGCCAAGGCAGACAGCAGUCAAGGCUGAAAUAGGAAAGCAGGUUUGGGCAAGUCAUGGUGGCAAGACGAAGAGGAGCAAAGGGCUGUGGGAACCCAGGGUCCACAUCUGGCCAGUGUGAGGUAUCAAGGAAAGCAGAUGGAGGUGAGGCCUGCGGGAGUCAGAAGGAAUAGCUGGUGACCACAGGAGCCAAGUCCGUAGGGAGGAAAUUUUCCUGUUCAAUAAUUCUAGCUUUGUAGAAAAGUGCCAGGGGUCAUGCAUAGGCUGUCCCCAGAUGUACCAGGCUUUCCCAGGGUGUAACACACAGUGGUUGGCAAGCUCAGGAGAGUGCUGCGGGGCUGCGUGCUCCUGAGUUGCACCCUGUUGGCAGUCCUCACCAGAAGCUCUGGCUGGCAGCAGCCACUGUGGAUCCUUAUAAGAAUUGUUGUAUUUCUCUAACAGUUGGACGUCAGCAUGAGCGGAGGGGUGUUACCGUCCGGGGGAGCCAGUGCUGUGGUUCAGUUUGUUCUGCUCUGCUGUCGUCUCCCGGCAGGCCCCUGCGUCUGCUCUGCUCUCCCUCCUUGAGUUCCCCCUCCCUGCCCCUGCACCAUGAGGGGCUGGUGAGCUGUCCUCCGGGCGGCCCUGAACCCGUCCGCUGGUCUAGGCGUGAGGCGUGCACUGCCUGUGUCCUAGCUGGUGGCUAGCUGUGGCCUCACGUAUUUGUAAGCGCGCACACGCACACCUCUGCAUUCCUCUGUGUGUGGCUCAGCUCAGCGCUCAGUAUUCGCAGAUUCCUGUUUCCUUUGUACCUUCUUCAUGGCAAGCAGGCUGCCCCUGUGUGCGCCUGGUUCUUGUCUCACUGAUCAUCUCGGCAGAAGCCAGCAGAAGCCCAGGCCUGCCCUUCUCUCUGCGUCCACACUCUGCCACUUUGCUGGCCCCAGAGACUGCAUCUAGCAAGUCCCGUGUGGGCCCUCCUCACUCCCGGGCCACUUCACAAUCACAGUCUUGUUUCCUGCCUGCCGGUGUUUCUCCUCCGGGUCCUGAGGCCUGGUAAGCUGCCCCUGACCCUAGUGAUCUUUGGGCCCUAAGUUCUACGAGCUGUCCCACCCUGCCCUCUCUCAGAGUGGCCCUUGCACGGUCAUCAGAGAGAGUCAUUCUGGAUUCUCUCCUCCCAACACCCUUCUCAGCCCAUUUAAACUCAGGGUGGGAAAAAGCUAACUAUAGAAGUGGCCAGUGUCUGGCCACAUGGAGAAGAACGUCUAGGAAGUGCUUCGCUCCUGCAAAGGCUCUGCAGAGUGGGAGGGAAGGAACUGUGCUGCUCUGGCCAUCAUACACUGCAGCCCCUGUCACUGACACAUCCCAGCUGCCCACCAGGCACCUUCUUGAGAUGUCACCAGAAGCCUGACUCGGGUCAGGCUUCUGCCAUGUGUCGCAGCAUCCAGAGUAGAUGACAGGCUCUUAAGGAGAGUGCCACUGUGGAGUCUGGCUGUGAGGACAGUGGGUCAGUGUCCAUGAGCUGUCAGUAUGGCCACUUGAUCCAUCUUAGAGUGACCGGUGUGGAGAAUACAUGUCGUACAGUAACCAGCGGCCAGGCGUGGUGACAUAGGCCUGUGCCGCCGCUUGAGUCGCAGAGGCAGGAUGAUCCUACAUUUGAGGCCAGACUGGUCUCAGAAGCCCAAAUUGUAGCAAUAACUGCCCACCAUACGUGGUGGUGUCUCCCCACCAGGCGCAGUUGCUGAGCCCUCUGUAGACUUUCCAGUUGCCGCUUAGCUCUCGAGAAGACAUGCUGGGAACAGACCCCGAGCUGACACUCAGCCACACCACAGCCCAGUCACACCACAGUCACCUUGGAACAGCCCCAAAAGGAAGUCAUCUUUACUUUCCCAGGUUCUCACUGAAGCGUUUGGAGUUGAAACUUACUGUCUGUUUUGUAAGACCACAGGAGUCUUGGUGCUGGAGAGUGAGCUCAGCAGUAAUGAGUACUUGCUCUUCCUAGGAUCCCGCUUCUGUUCUGAGCACCUACAAGGCAGCCAGCAGCCCAUCCAUAACUGCCCUUUCAGAGACUCUAGUGCCCUCUGCUGGCCUCCGCAGACACCAGACACACAUGGGCACAUACACACAUACAUACAUACAUAUGCAGGCAAAACAUUCAUACACAGAAAAUAUUUUUUUAAAAGCUGGGUAUGGUGGGUCAGCCUUUAAUCCUAAUGCUUGGGAGGUACAGGCAGGCAGGGCUCUGAAUUCAAGUCUAGCCUGGUCUACAUAGAGAGUUCCAGACCAACUGGGGAGCUACCCAGUGAGACCUGUCUCAAAAGAGAAGACAAGGCCUUACGUAGCCCAGGCUUGCCUCAAACUCACCAUGUGGUUUGAUCUUGACUCCUGAUUCUCCUGCUGCUACCUCCCAGCAUGCUGGGCUUCUAGGCCUGUGCCACUGACUGUUAGCUUUCAGCUCUGAAGGCAGGCGCCCUGGGCCUCUCGAGUGUGCCUUUAGCCCUAUUCUUCAUGGACUCCUCUGAGAGGAGGGUCAGAGCUCUGGUUUUGUGACUUCUCCCUUCAGGAAGAGCUUUGGUGCCUUCCUUCACAGUGGCUAUGACUUCCCAGUGUCCUCAGCUGUCUGAAGGAAAAAAGAAUUCUUCGUUUCAGGGAAAAUUUCAAACACAGAAGCAGAAAGCCCUAACAUAGUCCUGUGUCCCAAAGGCCCCACUUCAUCUCUGCCGCUGGCUUCAUCCCCUGCUCAGCUGUCAGCAAACGCAGUAUCUUUAAUAGAAGGAACUUUUUUUUCCUUUUUCUUUUUGAGGCAGUGUAGCCCUAGCUGGUCUGAAACUUACUCUGUAGAUCAGGCCAGUCUUGAACUGCCUCCCAAGCACUAGGAUUAAAAUCGUGGACUGCCAUGCCUGGCUAAUGGAAAAGCUUUUUAAAGCACGGCUCACCACAGUUCUUUGACCCAAGUUAGUCAUCUUCUGGCCAGCUGAGUACCUUCUUAGUCCUCUGUUCCCUUUCUCCUACUUUCCAGUCGUGUCACCCUGGAGAGCUUCCUGUAACCUUAUGCUCAGGGCCUGUCUGCUCGCCUCUCUACAGCCUGAAAGUGACCCUUCCUAACGACAGGCCAGGUUGCUUGGCAGUCCUGCCCCCUGCAGCAGGACAUUUAAUCUGCUCGUGGCUGCUGCCGCGGUUGUGGCGCUUCCCUUAUUUGGCUUAGUUUCUGGAUCCCUGUCCACUCUGGCCAGGUCAGGCCUCCUGGGAUACUCCUCGCUCACUGUAACUUUGUAAGAAGCACAUGGCAUCCACACUAGUCAAAAGAGGGAUUUAUGAUGGUUGUUGCCUGCUGGGAACCUCAAGAGGGCAUAAGUCAAGCCUGUCUACCCUGCUGUGUCCCCAGCACCACCCAGACUGUCCACCAUGGGGCCUGGCACUCAGUGCUCAGGGCCAUACGCAGAAUGAGUGCUGUUAGGAUGAUGCGUGGGUGGAUGGAUGGAUGGAUGUGUGGAUGGAUGGAUGGGUGGAUGGAUGGAUGGGUGGAUGGAUGUGUGGAUGGAUGGAUGGAUGGAUGGAUGUGUGGGUGGAUGUGUGGAUGGAUGGGUAGCUGGGUGGAUGGUUGCCAAGCUCAAUAGUUAGGCACUUACCAUGAGAGCAAUAGGCGGCCACAGGAGUUUUUCAGCAGAACUGGCCCAUUUCCUCAGUCUUGAAUGUGCAUUUGACUUCUCUGGGAUCUGGGAAGGGCCCAAGAUACCACACUUCUAAGGGGCCCAAGAUGCGACGGCCUGAGACAGCAAGGGUCUUGCUGUGCCGUGCAGUCAGGAGCCACCAGGUCCAGUGGCUUGGAGCACUUGAGAAUGUGGCUCGUGUGAAUUGAGAUAUAUUUUAAGUGUACAAUACCCACCCAAUUUGAAAGAUGUGGUACAAAAAAAAAUAAUUUUUUAUAUUGCUCACAUGUUGAUAUGGUAAUAUUUUGGAUAUCUUGGGUUAAAUAAAAUAUAUUAUUAAAAUUAA